CACACUUUAUAGAGUGGCCAACCAACUUUGACAUGACAGAGCAAGAAUUUAGGGCUAUAGCUGGAUUUCCUGGGGUUUUGGGAAGUAUUGAUGGCACACACAUUAAAAUAUGUCCUCCGGCCAACAGACAUAAUGAGUAUCUUGACAGGACAAUGCAACAUACAGUCACGUUACUAGCUGUUUGUGAUGCUAGGAAGAAGUUCACUUGGAUUGCAACAGGUUUUGCUGGUAGCAUUCAUGACCAAAGGUGUUUAUCUUUAAGCUCAAUGGCAGACAAAGUGGCAUCCUUACCAAAUCAGUAUUUCCCCCAAAAUAGUUUGCACAUAGUUGGUGAUUCAGCUUUCACUUUGCAGGCUGGAUUGAUGGUACCAUAUAAGGACCAUGGAAAUUUAACCCAGGCACAAGUAAUUUAUAACCAUAAACAUUCAAAGACAAGAUGUGUUAUUGAAAACACAUUUGGGUUCUUGAAAAACAGAUUCAGGUGUCUUGCAAAAUUAGAGGUCAACCUUGAGAAAGCUGCACCUAUCAUUGCUGCGUGCUGCAUCUUACACAAUGUAGCAUUAAAAUUUCCUGAUUACCUUCAAGAAGCAAGCACCAUGGACUCACCUAAUGCAUCUCCAUCAGACUCUGUACAAGUUGACUCCAAUGUCAAUCCAAAUGCUGCUGCAAAACAAAGAGCUUUAUGCUCCAUGCUCUCAUAAUUCCA